AUGGCUGUUCUCCAGCUCUAUGAUACUCCCUGGCUCGUCAAGUCGUUCAGCCUCCGAGACAUCUGUUUCUUGAAGGACACGAAAGGAAACUACCUCCUGGACCGGCCUUUCGUCUCCUUACCCAUCACUGCAGGUGGCCUGCAUCAAGCUCAACCGGCUCAUCGACGACGGCUGGUGAAGAACGAGAUCGUCUUAGCCCUGGGCAUAGCCCUCUUCGAGCUCUCGUAUGCAAAGCCCCUCCAUGAUCUGGUGGAACCUUUCGACUUCGAUGAGAACGGCCACCACGACAGCAUGACUGAAUACUCCACCGCGAACCGGUUAGCCAAAGAAAUCCAUUUGCGGGAAUUGCCGAAUUAUGCGAAGGCGGUGUUCCGUUGUGUUCAUUGCAAUUUCGACUCCUUUUCCUACGAUUUGAGCGACCAGGAGUUCCGAGAGCGUUUCUAUGAAGGGGUAGUGGUGCCUUUGCGCGAAGACUGGGAAUACGCGAUGAAGUGA